AGCCAAUGAAGAGGGCGAGAUGGGCGGGUCCGGAGUGCCUGGCGGCGGGUCCUCAGCUCUGAGCCGAGGUGCGGUGAGCCGGUGGGGGGACCGCGAGGCGAGCGCGGGAGCCUGGGCGGCGAGCGGGGUGUGAGCUGCCCGAAAAUGCACUCGGAUGCCGCAGCUGUCAACUUUCAGCUGAACUCUCAUCUCUCAACACUGGCAAAUAUUCAUAAGAUCUACCACACCCUUAAUAAACUAAAUUUAACAGAAGACGUUGGCCAAGACGAUCACCAAACAGGAAGCCUGCGGUCUUGCAGUUCUUCAGACUGCUUUAGUAAAGUGAUGCCCCCAAGGAAAAAGAGAAGACCUGCCUCUGGAGAUGAUUUAUCUGCCAAGAAAAGUAGACAUGAUAGCAUGUAUAGAAAAUAUGAUUCAACUAGAAUAAAGACUGAAGAGGAAGCCUUCUCAAAUAAGAGGUGCUUAGAGUGGUUCUAUGAAUACGCAGGUACUGAUGAUGUUGUGGGUCCUGAAGGCAUGGAAAAAUUUUGUGAAGACAUUGGGGUCGAACCAGAAAAUGUAGUUAUGCUGGUCCUAGCUUGGAAAUUGGAUGCUCAAAACAUGGGUUAUUUUACUCUACAGGAAUGGUUAAAAGGAAUGACUUCUCUACAAUGUGAUACAACAGAAAAACUCAGAAAUACUUUGGAUUAUUUACGAUCAUUAUUAAAUGAUUCCACAAACUUUAAGCUUAUUUACAGAUACGCAUUUGACUUUGCACGGGAAAAGGACCAGCGCAGCCUAGACAUAAACACUGCCAAGUGCAUGUUGGGACUGUUAUUAGGAAAAAUCUGGCCCCUUUUUCCAGUUUUUCACCAAUUCUUAGAGCAAUCAAAAUAUAAAGUGAUUAACAAAGACCAGUGGUGCAAUGUGCUGGAAUUCAGCAGAACAAUUAAUCUUGACCUCAGCAACUAUGAUGAAGAUGGAGCAUGGCCAGUUUUAUUGGACGAGUUCGUGGAGUGGUAUAAAGACAAACAGAUGUCCUAGGACUUUAUGCAUAGCAGCGAGAGAGUCACUGUUACCACAGUUAUGUCACCCAUUAGCCAUAAAUUGCUGUUUGUAUCAAAGCGCAUGCUGCUUUUCUUGCACUGUCUCCCUUUCGCAGGGAUGUUUUGGUGUUUGCUAUUGAUGGGCCAGCUCUGCUUGCUGUGUAGCAUUGUUCUCUUGGAAGGCUGCUUUGCAGUUUGUUAUUUACACUACAGAUUGGUGAAUUUGCCAACGUCCUCACUGUGAUUAUGUGUAUAUUGCUGUUUAAAUUUUGUAUAUGUGUAUAAAAAGAAAAAGCUUCACCUAGAGAUUAUUUCUGCAAAAAUGUAUUGUAAAAAUAAUUUUGUGGCAUAUUUCUAGUCCCUUUUUUCAAAUGAACCAGUUAUACUUUAUUUGGUCUCAAAUGUAGCAUUUCAGAAAACAAGACAAAACAACUGUUACCAUAAGCAAACAUUGCCAGAAUUAACCAUACUGUUUUAAGAGGCCAACUUCUGGAAGGAGGUAGGAGUCAUAACUUUUCCAUGGCAUAUGCCAAAUAUCAUUUGGUUUACUUGACAAUAUUAGCUUUUUAAAAUGACAAAAGUUAUAACUAUUUGACUACUUAGACAGGUAACAUGCCACAGAUCAUUUCCACCAUGCAAGGUAUAGUAUUUUUGUUUUUUAAUGUUAAAGCUAUAGUAGGUUGAAUAUAGGUACAAAGGAACAAAUUAACAUGCACCUUUUUUGAAAUUUGGGGUUUAAAUUCUCAUGAACUUUCUUCAGUGGUCCUCCUACCCCGCCCUUUGCAUUCUUGUAGCCAGUGUUGGUCUGCUGAUGCUUUCUGUGCCACUCAAAGUCAAAUUUAUUUUGCCUCCCCCAUGAAAACCUACUGGUUUGCUGGCAAUUUAUAACUGCAGAGCACUUUUAGUUAUGGCUUGAAUUUUUAGUUAAGCUUUCAUGGUGUCUAAUUUCCUCGUUUUUUGGGAAAAGGUAUACUAUAAGUGAGUGCUGUUUCCUUUUGUUUUCUUUGUUUCUUUCAUGCUAGGCUUUUCCUGGCAGCGUGUCCAUUGCAGGCAGUGGACAACAGACCACCAGCAUUGAGCUAAUCCUAUCAUACAGUAGGACCUUUCCUGGAGGGGCCACUUGUCAUUACCUGAGUCAUUUGUACUGAAGGGUGAUAGCCAUUAUUUAUGUGGAUGAGGAAAUGAGUAAAUGGGAUGGUAUUUUUAGGUUUGUAUUUUAUGUCUUUUUUUCUUUCUUUCCUUUUCUUUUUACCUUGCCUUCUUGAGGAAAUGUAUAGAUAACAUGUUUUCACCCUAACUAUCUGGUGCUAUUGAGUGACUAACUCAGUCCCUAAAGUUUUGUGAAAACACAAAAGUCUAAUGAUUUAACCAAGUGAAGAGCUAAUGGUGCAUUUGAACAAGUGAUGCUGUAGUUGUAAGAAAGAUCCAGGCAUGAGCAUGUAAUGAUUGGAAGAUGUUUGGAUUAUUGGCCAAAAAAAUCUUUUCAAUUAAAUGUGAACUUUUCAAUGGCAUUUAAUGAGUAAAGCACACAGACAAUGCUACUCUUGACCACUGUUUUACAGUUUCUUUGCAAACGGUGUUCAGAUUUUCAUAUUUGUUUUUCCCUAACUAAACCACCAAAGACAGAAAUUUUGUAUGUAUAUACAGUGUGUGUGCAUAUACAAAAUCAUGAUGUGGUAGAAUGCAACUACUUCCUUUUUCUACCAAAUAAUAAGGUUUGGUUUGCUGUGAAAUAAACCACAAGUUUAAAAAACUCAGUAGUGACUAAGCAUACUUAACCAUUCCUUGUUUGUAGUCUCACUUUUAACUUUACAAAUGAAUAUUUGCAUACAUUAAUAUCUGGAAAGAAUAGAAAAUGUUGAUGGCAAACAACAGCUAUUCAGACUGACAUGUUGAAAAGGGUUCAUGCGUGUGUCGUACAGUGUUGACUGGCCAUAGGCAGGUUUGGAUCUAUGGAGAAUUGAUUCAUUUUCAGAUGUACCCCCAAUGAAGCAUAAAAAUCACACUUUAAAGGCCACAGUUCUUAAAUUUGAUCCCUUAUUGUUUUGUGCAAAACAUAUCUAAAUCAUAGAUGAAAUUAUUUUAAACGUGCUAGCAUCUAGAGUUUUGUUUUAAACACUAAGCACAGUUAUUCCAAAAUAAAAAAGUUGUUAUGAAGGGAAGAUUUUUCAUUUAAUCCACAGUGAACAUUUUGGUGAUAAGAAGAACUCUCAAGUAAAAACAAGUAUCUCAUGUGAUACUAAACUAAGUAUUCCAAAGGGAUAAUCUUGCAUAGUUGAAAACUCCAAAUCAUCUAUAAACUUUCUUGAAAAAAAAAACCUCUGUGACUGCUGGUACAGAGUGCUUGCCCUUGUUUUCUUGAUUUUUAUGUAGUUACUUUGAAGGGGAGAAAAGGGGGUCAGACACUUCUUAAAAAUUUGCCUCAGUCACACAGAAUUGAAGAGUCAUCAAGCACUUAUGCAUGGGCUAAUGUUAAAUAAAUUAGGGUGCCUUCUUCUGGGUUUUCUUUAGUACCUGAGUCUACACCCUUUCUCUCUUCCCUUGUGUUUUGAACUCAACUCCAUAUUGCAAUACUCUGUAGUUGGGGAAUACAACUUUUACUUGUUUACUGCUGCAGUAGGUCAGAAAUUUCAUUGUUUAAUUUGUUACAGACAUCCACUAUAAUGUUACGUGCAUCUUUUUGAAGCAUGACUCUCUGAAGUUUUUAUAAUCUGACUAGACAGACCUCUAGAUUUCUGGUUUAACAACGGAUUUCUGUUGCCUCUCAGUCUCCAUUCUAACAGUGCUUUUGAAGUUUAUACAGAAAGCUUUAAAAGUUAGUUUUUGCCCUUGGUUUUUAUUCUUACAACUGCUGAAAUACCUCUGUACGCCUUAUCCUUUAUUCUUUCAUAUGUUGUAUAAUAAAUGUAUAGAAUUCAUUGACCAACUGAAAUGUUGGGUAUCUGUAAAUGAGACCAAAAUGUGGGUUGCUUUUUUCAUAAAAUAAAUUCUAUUGGGGGUUACUGUUAAAUGAACAGCAGCUAACCUAUAACUGUGAAUGCUUCGUGUCGUCAGUAUUUGCAUUACAUUCAUAAAAGUGUGCAAGUCCUGUGACUCCCAGCUUAACUAAAAUACUGUUAUGCCACCUAACUUGAGUACAGCAAACUGGUUUUAGGUUUUAAUGGAAUUGAUGUAAAAUGAUAUUCCAUAAAUAAAGAAGUAUUUGUGUUUGGUUUCUGAA